AUGCAGCAACCAACCUUCCAUCAGCAGGCAGUUAGAGGGCAGCCGCUGAUACCAAAUCAACAGGAGGCUAAGCCUCUAAUGGACGUUGAUGUCAUCGCAAAUUGCAUAAGGAGGACAUUUUCAAAAAGAAGGGCAGAGACUCCAGAGGCUGUGGAGGCUCCAGUCGAAAAGGAGUCUGCGGGGGCAGAUGCUCCACUCGAAAAGGAGCCUAAGGAGGCAGAGGUUCCAGAAGCGAUGGAAGCUCCAGAGCUUGUGGAGACAGAGACUCCAAAGGCUAUGGAGGCUCUAGUUAAAAAGGAAUCUGCGGAGGCAGAGGUUCCAGAAGCCAUGGAAGCUCCAGAAUUUGUGGAGGUAGAGACUUCAAAAGUUGUGGAGGCUCCAGCCGAAAAGGAGUCUGCGGAGGCAGAGGUUCCAGAAGCCAUGGAAGCUCCAAAAUUUGCGGAGGUAGAGACUCCAGGGACCAUGGAGACUCCUAACGAAAAGGAGGAUGUAAGAGCAGAGGCUCCAUAUGAAAAGGACUCUGCAGGGACACAGGCUCCAAAAACCAUGAAGGCUCCAUACGAAAAAGAGACUGCAGGGGAAGAGACUCCAGAGGCUAUGAAGGUUCCAUACGAAAAGGAGCCUACAAGGGUAAAAGCCCUAGUGACUUCAGACGAAAAGGAUUUUGCGGAGGCAGAAGCUUUGGCCACGAAAUUAGCAAAUGGAAAGACUUAUUUGUGUCCGGCAUUGAAGCCAACCAAAGGGUUUAUUCCUUUUGCUAAUACUAUGUCGGCUAAAGGGCUUAUGAAAGACAAGCUUAGCAUCCAGCCGUCAAAACCUUCGGUUCAAGACUGUCUAUGA